GCUGCCCCCGCGCGGCCGCACUGCCGUCCUGCACCCGCUGGGGAGGGCACCUGAGAGCGCUCGGCCCCAAGAACGUGAGCAAGUCCAAGUAUCUGUGAGGUCACCCUCCCUCUCCCAGCUGGAGGAAGGGGAGAAGGGCUAGAUAUGGAGGCCGUCCCGCCCGCCAGAUCCAGCCUCCUGGGGAUUCUGCUGCUGCUGGUGAAGAUGUCGGUGCUGCUGGUCCAGAACCGGGUCCACCUGUACAAUCUCCUGCUUCUCAAGAUUCUCUUCUUCAACCACUGGCUGUCGGGGCUGGCCCGGGAGGCUUGGGGGUCCCGCGGCCGCCAGACCUUUCCCGCCCCUGGGCUCGACGCCAGCCCCCUGUGCCUGGCGCUGCAGGCGGGGCUGGGACUGCUAUGGGUCCCUGUGUGGCUGGGGCUGCGGGCACCCCGGCUGGCGUGGGCGGGCGUACGGCGCUGUGCCCGGGCCUUGGGCCUGGCGCCGAAGCGGCUGGGCCUGUCUGCGGCCACCUGCACGGACCUGCUUCUGUCCUGCCUGCACGGUCUGAUGUCGGCGGGCUUGCUGCUGUCGCUGCUGACCUGGAGGCUAUGCCGGAGGGCCCGUCACUGCAGCCUGCGCGGGCUGCUCAGCAAGGUGCUGCUGGACAACUGCGUGGCGCCGGAGCUCCCAGUGCUGCUGAAACGUCUGUACUGGUGGGUGGAGACCACAGCAGCCCUCGCCUGGCAUCUGGCCUAUCUGGUCACCUGGACCACCUGCCUUGCCUCCCACCUGCUGCAAGCCGCCUUCGAGCACACCGUCCAGCUGGCCCAGGCCCAGGAGGCUGAGCCGCCGCAGGGCUCAAGACCCUCAUCCGCAUCCCCACUCCCCGAGCCUCUGGGCCCCAAGGCUGGACCAGCCCUGCCAGAGCAUGGGACUCCUACAGAAUAAGUGUGUUCCCAUCUGCCUUUCUGGAUCUGGUCUGGCUUGGGGUCUUGCUCUGUGUCCCUCCUCCCUACUGGUGUGUGUGUGUGAGUGUGCGUGUGUGUGUGCGUGCACGCGUGCCCUAGGGCUGCCUGUGGGAAGGAAAUCACAUUCCACGGGCCCCUGACCUGUGCCAGAUAACCCUCUCAGAUGCUUUACAUGCAUAAUUUUGUUUAAAUCUCAUAGCAUCACAGGGGUCAGGUUUGAGUAGCUCCAUUUUCCAGAUGAGAAAACUAAGCCUCAGAAGGUUGAACCAUUCCCCAGUUCCCCAGACCAAGUCAGGGGAGGGGCCAGCACUGGACCCUAGGUUUCUGGUUUCCCAGAACCCCUAACUUUCGCUAGGUCUGCGCCCCUGAUUCUUAGGACAGGGCUCUAAGGGAGAUGGGUCGUUAGAGACUCUGGCCUCUGGGGGGUGCUAAGGCCUCACGUUUCAGAGAUUUAGAAAGUUCUUUGAGAUGUAGGAACUCCUCAGCUAGUCUGCAACUAGUCCAUCCAUUCAAUUACACUCUUAGCCACUCACUUUACCACUCAGCUACCCAUCCAUACAUCCAACCAACCAUCCAUCCAUCCA